UAUGCUGCAGCACACACCUUGGGUUCCUCAUAUGUGGGAGUACUCUACUGUAUGCCUGCACUGGUGCUGUGGUCUUCAGCAAUGUACAUAGUCCACUUUUGCCUUUGAAAAUGCUAGGAUCUAUGCUUAGUGUGUUUUGCAGAUAGAAUGCAGAACAGUUCAUAAUAACAGUGGCUGUUAUAGGAGGCAGGUUCAGUUAGGAAGAAAUCACAAUGAAGGCAGAGCCACAUCAUGGUUGUUACAGGAGCAGCUGCUUGGUAAAACUGCAUUUCAUUGCAUCAUUAACACUUCCAUAUAUCUUCGCUGUGGAAGCAAAUCAUGGUGACAGAGCAUUUCUCCCAUGGCCACUGGAAAUUACAAAACAUGAUAGAAGUCGUGUCUGUGAAACAGAAGAGUGUAAGGUAGCUGCUACGCAGUUGCUGCAUAGUCUAAACAUGAGUGUGGAUCCCUGUGAAGACUUCUACGAGUUUGCCUGUGGGGGCUGGAUGAAGCUGCACCCUGUACCUCCUUCAGAGUCACACAGGAAUCAGUUUGAUCUUGUCAUGGAGAAGGUAGACUUCGAACUUAAAGAAAUUCUUGAAGCUGGAGAUGAUCCUGAUGAACCUUUCCCAGUGAGAGCUGCCAAGAGAACAUACCAAGCUUGCAUGGACACAGAUUAUGUGGAGUCAGAAGGCUUGGAACCUCUGUUGGACAUAAUAGAAAGUCUUGGUGAUUGGCCAAUGGCAUCUGACACCUGGAAGGAAGAAGACUUUAACUGGCAAAAAGCUAUUGCAGAAUUGAAUAGACAUUUGGGUCUUUCUCCAUUGGUAUCCCUGAUUGUUUAUUUGGACAGAAAGAAUUCUACUCACAGUGUUAUUACAAUUGACCAGUCAUCACCAGUGUUGCCACGUUCAAUGUUGGCAGACCCAAAUACAUAUGGAAAGCAGUUGGAAGCAUAUCGUCAAUGGAUUAUGGGGACUGCUAUUGAAGUUGUGAAGGCUCGAAAUGCUUCAGUUCCACCCACAAGGAUCAGUGUGGAUGCAUCUGAAGUGCUGGAAUUUGAGAUUGAGUUGGCACAUGUGACAACUCCUACCGAGAAGAGGCGCAAUGCAUACCGAAUGUACAACCCAAUGACACUUGAGGCACUUCAGAAUUUGACUGAUUCUGUUCAGAUCUCAAGUCCUCAUGCCAAGAUACACUGGCAAGAUUUCUUUGAAGCUGUGUUCACAGAUAUUGACGUGACCUUCAAUUCGCAGGAGAGGGUUGUGGUUAAGGAGGUGCAAUAUUUGUUAGACCUCGUGACAGUUUUGGACCAUACACCUCUUAGAGUUAUUGCAAACUACAUUCAGUGGCGUCUAGUGAAAGCACUCAGCAAAGAGACCACACAAAAAAUGAGAGAACUUUCAUUUCAAUUUGAGAGAGUUUACAGUGGAACUAAGGAAAAACUGCCCUUAUGGCGAGAAUGUACAUUCGUGACCACCAGUUCUCUAAGCUUUGCUGUUGGCUAUUCCUAUGUUAGCCGAUUUUUUGAUAAUGAGGCUAAGAAAUCAGCUCUUCAGAUGGUGGAAAAUAUUCGGGCACAGUUCAGUUCUUCAGUGAGUGAAGUUGAUUGGAUGGAUCCGGUUACUCGCAAGGUAGCACAAGCCAAAGCACAAGCUAUGAAGGAAUUGAUUGGUUAUCCUGACUGGUAUGCAAAUAAAUCAGCAAUAGAGGCUUAUUAUAAAGGGGUUUCAGUUGGAAGGAGUCAUCUAAGAAACAUUGUGUCUCUGAAAACACUGAUGAUGCAUCGAGUCCUGUCCAAGCUGCAUUUACCCACUGACCGCUCAGAGUGGUACACAAGUCCAGAUGUUGUUAAUGCAUAUUACAACCCUCAAACUAAUUCGAUAACUUUUCCAGCUGGAAUUUUACAACUGCCCUUCUUUAGUAAAGGGAGACCAGAGGCACUGAAUUAUGGGAGUAUUGGUGUAGUGAUUGGGCAUGAAAUCACACAUGGAUUUGAUGAUAUGGGUCGUCAAAGUGACAAGUAUGGCAAUCUUGCUCAGUGGUGGUCAAAGUCAACCAUUCACACAUACCUUGAGAAGGCCCAGUGCUUCAUAGAGCAGUAUAGCAUGUACAGAGUCCCAGAACUAGAUGAACUGUUACAUACUGAAGUGAUGAUGAAUGGGGUUACUACACAAGGUGAAAAUAUGGCAGAUAAUGGUGGUAUGAGGCAAGCAUUUCUAGCUUAUAAGAAAUAUGUGGAACACAAUGGACCUGACUUACGCCUGCCAGGCUUACAUCAGUUCUCACCUGAGCAGCUGUUUUUCCUUGGAUUUGCAACUGUGUGGUGUGAAUCGGCUACAAAGGAGUCCCUGCUCCAAGAAGUUCUCUCAGAUCCCCACAGUCCACAGAGACUUCGAGUGCAAGGAACUCUGGCUAAUUCUCAAGAAUUUGCUCAUGCCUGGGAUUGUCCUGUUGGGUCACCAAUGAAUCCUAGAGAUAAAUGCUUGAUCUGGUAGUAAUUACUAUUUGCAUGUGCUACUGGUCUCUGAAAAUGGUGGUUCAGUGCAGAUUUGAAGUGUUACUCCAGCUGCUGCAGCAGCAGGUCACUUACAUGCCCACACAAGGAGUUUUAAAAGAGGAAGCACUGACAAGACACCAGCACUUCCCAGUCUCAAAUGAUACAGGGUAUGAGUAGUGGACCAUAAAUGUUCAGAGAUGGGAAGAGAGACAGCACUUUAUUUACAAAUUAUGGGCCCAGAACAGGUCCUGGAUAAAAAUAGACAUUUUAAUACCUGCUUCAAAAAUGAAACAAGGUUCUCUUAGAAAGCCUGGUUUUCUUAAUUUACCGAAUAUAUGUGAUGGCACUAGUAACAGUGUGUAACUGUGCCAUUACAUAUAUUCAUUUUCUCCCAUUUCCAAAGAGAGCUGCUUCUGGAUGAAGCAUGUGCAUCGGCUUCAUGACUACAUUCUUUGGCAAAAUGUGGGGUGGGGAUCAGCAGUUCAGCUAACUUCAUUCUUGUGACAGAGACUUUUGACGGUUACUGUCUUCUGAGAUGUGUUGCCAUGCAGAAUGGCAGAUGUUUACUGGCAUAUCAGAGGAGUGUGCUGCCUUCAUCUUCUAGAUACUCUUCUAUCAUGAAGAUGGAGGCAGUACAUCCAUCUGAAACAGUGAUAAACAUUUUCCAGAUUACAUCACAUCCCAGAAGUAAUCCCAGUAACCAUCAGCUUCAUCCUGUUUCAAAGUACCCUUAUUCCAUUUUGACCGAGUCGUUCGUUUUAUGCUGUCGGUAGCAUGAGAUUAUAGGCUGACUGAAGAGGAAAUGAUUUGUAAGAAAGCAGCCAUGGCCUAAUCUGGGAACUAUCCUGGCACUUGCUUGGAUGGACUGAGGAAAACCAUAACAGACCUCAAUCAGGAUAGCUAGUGUCUCAGCUAGGUUUCAAACAAAGUACCUCCUGAAUACAAGCCUAGAGCAUUACCUCUAGAUCAACAUGUCUGAUGUCACAGUUCAGUUUAUUCAUAUUACUUGCAGGAGACAAACAGGGUGAUACUAUAAGGGUGUUUUCUACAGAUGUUAUUCAAAGAUGAACUUCACCCUGAAUGCGACAGUAUUUUUAAUUUGUUUUCGUUCCCUACAUUGUAGAAAGUGUUGUGAAAUACACAUCAGGUGUAAGAGAAAGAAGCAAGUCAAAAUCAUCUCUGUAGGAGGUUAUUCUACAGAAAUAUUCCAUAACAAUUAACAGCUUUAUCUAGGAUGUGCAUUCCUCUGGGCCCCUGAGCAGUGUCAUUUCAUCAAAAGUACAAGACUGCAAAACUAAAGACUAAAACAUUGCAAUAUGUUCCCUGUUAUCUCAUUAAAAUAAAUCAAAGAUUCGUUUCUUAAAACAUCACCAAAAUAAGAUGUUAAAUAAGUAUCUGUACAAGUUACAUUACAUGUUGCUAUACUAUGUCCAUCAAACAUAAAUACCAUUAAAAUAUGGAUAGAAAUCACAAAGGGUCAACUUAACUACAAAUGAUACAACAAUGGCAUUACUGUAUAGAACUAUUAACACUCUUUAAGAAUUAUGUUCUUAAAAAUAAUUAUAUAUGUCAGUCAAGAGACUUUUGUACAUGAUCAUUUACUUAAGGGAAAAGUAAAUAACAAAAUAUUUCUUUGUAUCAUAAAUGUAUCUUUAAAUAUGGAGGAAGUGGAGUAGAAGCUGUCAUAGAAAAGGCUAUUGCAUAAUUUCAUUUCUCUUCAUUUUGGGUA